AUGCAUGUUUUUGUAGGCUACUGCACUGGCUGGGGAGACCCACAUUACAACACUUUUGACGGCCUGUACUACAGCUAUCAAGGGAAUUGUACCUACAUCCUUGUGGAAGAGAUUAAUGAGACAGUUGACAACUUUGGUAUCUACAUUGAUAACUACCAUUGUGAAGCAGAAGACGGAGUCUCCUGUCCUCGAACACUCAUUGUGAGACACGAGACUCAGGAAGUCCGCAUAGCAACAGUCGAAAUGAAUACUUUCCAUGUGGAGGUGACAGUAAACAAACAGGCAGUGGCUUUGCCUUAUAAAAAAUUUGGCUUGAGUGUCUAUGAGUCAGGCAUAAAUCGUGUAGUGGAAAUUCCUGAACUAAAAGUGAAUGUGACCUACAAUGGCUUGUCCUUUUCGAUCAGAAUGCCCUACAGCCGGUUUGGCAACAACACUCACGGACAGUGUGGUAUUUGCAAUAACAACCAGACAGAUGACUGCAUGUUGCCAAAUGGUGACAUUGACUGUGAAACCAUGGCAGAUCAUUGGCAAGUUGUUGAUCCCUCCAAACCACAGUGCUCUCCAGGCCUAAAAUUCGUGGGAAACAUGAGAAAUGUUUCUGUUUCUAGUGUGUUUGAGCCAUGCCAUGGCUUUGUCCGGCCUGACAAAUACUAUGCAGCCUGCAUUUUUGAUAGCUGUGCACUUCCCGAAUCAGACCUGGAAUGCUCAAGUCUGCAGAUCUAUGCUACCACCUGUGCCGACCAAGGUGUCUGCAUCGACUGGAGGAGUCAUACCAAUGGUGUUUGCUCUUAUAAAUGCCCCAUCAACAAAGAAUACAGAGCAUGUGGUCCGAUUAGAGAGAUAACCUGCAAAUCAAGUGAACAAAAUGCAACUUCAGCUCAACAAGUGGAAGGCUGUUUCUGUCCUAAGGGAACAAUGCUGUAUGACUACGGUGUGGACGUCUGUGUGAAAACCUGCGGCUGUGUUGGAGUGGAUAACAUACCAAGAGAGUUUGGAGAGAAGUUUACACUAGACUGUCAGGACUGUAUUUGCCUGGAAGGUGGAAAUGGCAUUGUAUGUCAGCAGCAUGAGUGUGCCAAACAAAAUAAGAUCCGUUGUGAUGGAGAAGGCUUCUAUGAGGUCCGUGAAGUCAAUUCUGAAGACUCCUGCUGCCCCAUUGUCACCUGCAAAUGCAAUACAAGCUUGUGCUCAGCUAAAGCCCCCAAGUGUACACUGGGAUUUGAAGUUCAUUCUUACAUUCCCAGUGGUCAGUGCUGUCCUGUGUACGAGUGUGUUCCCAAGAGGGUUUGUGUACACCAGAAUGCUGAGUUCUUGCCUGAUUCCCCAGUCUUUGUUGAUAAGUGUCAGAAUUGUUUCUGCACUAACGAAGUUAAUGUCAGCACUCAACUGAAUAUCAUCUCAUGUGAACAUAUUCCAUGCAGCACAUAUUGUGAACCAGGAUAUGAACGUCAACAAGUGAAAGGUGAAUGUUGUGGAGCAUGUGUUCAGACUAAGUGUGUUGUACAUCCAGCAAAUAGUUCUGACCUCAUCUUGAAGCCUGGAGAGUUUAGAAACGAUCCUUACAACAACUGCACCGUUUAUAGCUGUGUAAAGAUCCACAACCAGCUCAUCUCUUCCACGUCUGAGAUUACCUGCCCAGCAUUCAAUGAGGAGAGCUGCAAACCUGGAACUAUUACAUUGUUACCCAACGGUUGUUGCAAAACCUGUGUACCUCUGGAUAGUCCUACGCCUUGCUCUGUCCGUCAGAGACAAGACUUUAUCACCUAUAAGGGCUGCCGUUCUGUGGACAGAGUUGUCCUGACUGAAUGUGAAGGAACAUGUGGGACCUUCUCGCUAUACUCUGCUGAGGCCAAUUCUAUGGAGCACAGCUGUACCUGUUGCAGGGAAUCAAGGACGACUGUGAGGGAAGUGGAACUGAAAUGCGCCACUGGGGAAUCAAUUUUCCAUAAGUACGUGUAUGUGCAAAGCUGCAGCUGUCAAGACACUGAAUGCCGCUCCUCACAAUCCAGUGAGUCGCGGAGCACAGAAGAAAAUGACAAGGAGAACACUCUGAACCGUAUCAAGAGGGCCAUCAGCUUAACAUUAAAAUGA